AUGGUCCGCCAAACAACCUGGCUACUCCCCCUCCUACUCCUCCAGGCCCUCCCCUUCGCCGUGACGCGUCCUACAGCCGUGAAUGUGGACGUGCAAGUGCCCGAUGCAGACGCCUGUGCCGAUGGUCAGGACUGCACUAUGAACCUCCACGGCGGGAAGGAUGACGAUGACGAUGAUGACGACGAUGACAAUAACGAUAUCACAGACCAAGUCCGUCAUAAACAUCAUCAUAAAGACCAGAAUGAUGAUGAUGGCGACGAUGACUGGGAUAGUGAUAGCGAUAGUGACUCCGACUCGGACGACGACAGCGACUCCGACUCUGAAUCUGAUUCUGAUGAUGAUGACGAUGAAGAUGACCACCACCACGGCAACGGCUGCGACAACAACAACGAUAACGACGUGCAGACCAUCACCAUCACGACCAUUGAGCCGGGCCCAACGCAAGUAAUCACGGUGACCACCACAACCACCGAAUCCAACACCGCCGGCCUGAUCCCACCCCCAACCGACUGUCCAGCCACAACGACAGAAACAGCGACAACAACAGAAACAGCAACAAUCUCAAUCCCCGGCCCAGCCAUCACCGAGACCACGACAGCCACAGCAACAGCAACAGCCACAGCCACAGUGACAGAAACCGAAUCAGAUGUCAUCACUGCCACUAUCACCGAUACAUCGACUAUCACUCAACCCCCAGUGACUACUACAGAAACACAGACACACACAGCAGUAUCAACAACGACAGACACCGUCUCCUUUACAAUCAUACACACAGAUACUAUUACUCUUCCCGGACCGACUAUUACCGAGACGGAUGUUUUGACUGCUACUGUGACACUCCCGGCAUCUACAGUUACGACGACAGAGACGGAUGUAUCUGUUUCGACGGUGACAGCGACAGAGACGGAUGUUUCUGUAUCUACAAUCACUCUCCCUGCAUCUACAGUGACUGCCACAGCAACAACAACAACAGUGACAGACACAACCUCCUGCCCCACCGAUACCCCCGGCGGCGACGACGGCGACGACGGCGACGGCGAUGACAACAACAACACCUCCAGUGGUAAUGACUACGGCCAAUGUUCCGACCCGAGCAUCUCCUACCAAUACGGCCUGGACGGGAGGACAGAAUGGAGUUUCAUCACAAACAAUCAGGUGGACUUUGAUCACGGGAGUUCCACGACCAUCGAUACGUUGAUGAACUUUGUGUGUAAUCGGUUGAUUAGCCCGUGUAAUGCGCCGCAGGAGACCAUUGAUGCGUGCUAUGCUGCCGAGGAUGAGGUGAAUAGUAGUGGGCUUGUUGGGGAGGAUGCGGCGGAUUUGUGGAAUGAGUUGAUGGCUUAG